ACAUCCCCUUCUUAAACCCAGCCCUGAGAAAUUAGGGUUUUACAAACACACUCACGAAAGCCUGAAAGCAAUCAUGUCAAUCGUAGCAGGCUCAUACGAGCGAUUCAUCUGGGGCUUCAAACUCAAACAACUCAAAAACUCCCCUCAAUCCCUAACCCUAACCCCCCUCUUCUCCUUCCCCUCCCACAUCUCCCCCAUCAAAUCCGUCGCCGUUUCCGGCUCCGCCGCCGUCUCCGGCGGCUCCGACGACACCAUUAAAAUCUACGACCUCUCCACCUCCUCCGAAAUCGGCUCCUUGAACGACCCCACUUCCACCGUCACUUCCCUAUCCUUCGUCUCGCUCGACUCCUCCUUCCCGAGGAACCUGCUCGCCGGUUUCGACGACGGCUCCGUGUCGAUAUACGACGCGGACCCUUUUGUGCUGCUGAAGAAUUUUAGUGUGCAUAAGAAGGGGAUUAAUGAUUUGAGUGUGCAUAAGACGGGGACGUUGGCGUUGAGUGUUGGCAGGGAUUGUUGUUUGGGGAUGGUCAAUUUGGUGAGGGGGAGACGGAGUUUUUAUUGUCGGUUGGGGAAGGAAGCGUCGGUUGUGCGAUUUGAUGGCAGCGGGGAGAAGUUUUUUAUGGUUAUGGAUGAGAAGGUUUCGGUCCAUCAGGCGGAGGAUGCUAAGUUGGUUUUGGAGUUGGAGAAUCAGAAGAAGGUUCUUUGCGCUGCCCCGGGGAAUAAUGGAGUUCUUUUUACUGGUGGAGAGGAUAAAAAUAUUACGGCAUGGGACACAACUACUGGUAAGGUAGCGUACUGCAUUGAGGAUGCUCAUUCAGCACGUGUGAAGGGUAUUGUUGUGCUCUCUAAGAGUGAUGGUGCUGGUGAUGAUGAUCCAUAUAUAGUAGCAUCAGCAUCUUCAGACGGAAUUGUACGUGUUUGGGACAUUCGUGUGGUUGGCAAGGAGAAGACAGAUCCAUUAGCUGAGGCUAAUACAAAAUCAAGGCUAACUUGCCUUGCUGGAUCAUCUAUUAAAUCUUUUAAAACACCCCAGGUCGGGAAGACCAAUAAAAGUGAAGACCAAGAUGCAUCGGAGUAAGAAUGCUCUGUUCCUCUGACCGAGAGACAUUUUUGUAUGAAAACAAUAGGGGAUGAAACUAUGGGUAUUUAUGCUUUAGGUUAAGCUUCUCCUGAAUAUGUUCUGAAUUCUUGACAUAGAAAAAAAAUUUCUUACUCAUGGUUGAAGGUAAAAAAGAAGAAGAGAGAUUUGCUGAAGAGUUGUGGGAAUUCACUUGAUAGGUGUUGUGUUAUUUUAUUUUUUUUUGCUAUAUUAGUUGUUGGAGAAUGGAAGGAUUUUCGAUUGUAAUCUGAAUUUAUGUACCAUAUUUAUGUAUCAGUUGUCAAAUAGAAAUGCAUUUGGUAUUUAUAUAUAUAUAUAUUUUAGAAAUAUAAAUUUAUUUGGUCAA